AUGAAAGCACGCAGACCCGAACCGGCAGAGAUCUGCCACAAAAACAUGAGGUUUCUGAUAACUGACCGUCCGACAGAUGCUAACUUGGACAAAUUUCUGCUGGAGUUGCAGAAGCAUGGAGUAAAAGAUGUUGUACGAGUAUGUGAACCAACAUAUAGCAAAGAUAAACUGGCAGAGAAUGGCAUCAGAGUGCUGGACUGGGAGUUUGAUGAUGGGAGUCCACCUCCCCCGUCUGUGGUCCAGGACUGGUUCAACCUUCUGAAGACACGGUUCACAGAGGACCCUGGCUGCUGUGUGGCCGUCCAUUGUGUGGCUGGUUUAGGGAGAGCACCAGUUCUUGUAGCUUUGGCUUUGAUGGAGGCUGGCCUGAAAUAUGAGGAUGCAGUGGAGAUGAUACGAGAAGAUAGCCACACUGGAGCACCUGUAGAAGAGAUAGCCACACUGAGCAACUGUAGAAGAGAUAGCCACACUGGAACAACUGUAAAAGAAGCCACACUGGAGCACCUGUAG